GAGGGACACCUGCGUGGGAAUGGGUCGUCAUGGUGACGCAGAGGGGUCUCCCAGAGAGGAGGGACCGGUCGGCCGCCUAGGGCCACCGAAAGGCUAGCGAAGGGUUUCCCCAGCCUCCUUAUCCUGAGUCUUUUAGGUUUUCUGGAGAUUGGCUUCGUUGGAGCAGAGGGUACCGCUACCUCGGGAAAAUGACUUAGUGUCGAGGAUCUCCCAUCCAUCCAGCCCCGGCUAGUGGCGGUCAGCAAAACCAAACCUGCAGACAUGGUGAUCGAGGCCUAUGGACAUGGGCAGCGCACUUUUGGCGAGAACUACGUUCAGGAACUGCUAGAAAAAGCAUCAAAUCCUAAAAUUCUGUCUUUGUGUCCUGAGAUCAAAUGGCACUUCAUUGGCCACCUACAAAAACAAAAUGUCAACAAAUUGAUGGCUGUCCCCAAUCUCUUCAUGCUGGAAACAGUGGAUUCUGUGAAGUUGGCAGACAAAGUGAACAGUUCCUGGCAGAAAAAAGGUUCUCCUGAAAGGUUAAAGGUUAUGAUCCAGAUUAACACCAGCGGAGAAGAGAGUAAACAUGGCCUCCCACCUUCAGAGACCAUAGCCAUCGUGGAGCACAUAAACGCCAAGUGUCCUAACCUGGAGUUUGUGGGGCUGAUGACCAUAGGAAGCUUUGGGCAUGAUCUUAGUCAAGGACCAAAUCCAGACUUCCAGCUGUUAUUGUCCCUCCGGGAGGAGCUGUGUAAAAAGCUGAACAUCCCUGCGGACCAGGUUGAGCUGAGCAUGGGCAUGUCCGUGGAUUUCCAGCAUGCAGUGAGUGUCCUGCCAGUGCCCUGUCUGCCUCGAGAGAUUGAAGUAGGAUCUACAAAUGUCCGAGUAGGAAGCAUGAUUUUUGGAGAGCGGGAUUACUCAAAGAAACCCACCCCGGACAAGUGCACAGCAGACGUGAAGGCCCCGCUGGAGGUGGCACAGGAGCACUGAGCCAGGAAAUACUGAGAGCACUAACUAUGCACUAACCUAGAUUUUCAUUUCGAUAUUCCCUGUAUCCCAGCACAGUCCUGCUCUCCUGUGACCUGUGGAGAGCACUAAUGAUCACGUGUGUUGAUGGAAACCAUCUGUGCUUAGUCUCUGACAUAGGAAGCUUGCUUCAGGUAGUGGCUUUGGAUUGAGUUUGAGAAAUUCAAACAUUUCUGCAGAACAGAUACCAAAUCAAUAGCUAGGAAUCGUGUUCAAUAUUGAAUUCUGCCCGGGAGCAUGAACUGAUCCAUGAAUGCCUUUUUCAGGUUAAAAUUUGGUCACUGAUGCCUAUAAUCGUGGAAGUCAGAGGGAUUCCCCUUUUUCAUCUCAUUUUAAUAGGAAAUUCCUUAUGGUUAACAUCUCCCUACAAACUCCUACUAUAUCGUCUAAGUUGCUGCUCUGGAAUAAGGUGAUUUCUGCCCCUAGAUUCUUCGCUAGCCGGUAGAUACGUGAAGAUAUUCCCAACUGUGAAAUGGCAGUAUAGGUAGCUUCAGGAAAUGGCUCGGGUUAAUUCUCAAAACACAAAUUGUUGCUGGCCAGGCAUGGUGACUCAUGCCUGUAAUCCCAGCAAUUUGGGAGACAGAGGCGGAAGGAUCACCUGAGCCUAGGAGUUCAAGACCAGCCUCAGCAACAUCAGGAGCUCCCCCAUCUCUACAAAAAAAUUUAAAAAUUGCUCUCUCCGGUCCGUGCCUCCAAAAUGACAAAGAAAAGAAGGAACAACGGUCGUACCAAAAAGGGCCGCGGCCACGUGCAGCCUAUUCGCUGCACUAACUGUGCCCAAUGCGUGCCCAAGGACAAGGCCAUUAAGAAAUCCGUCAUUUGAAACAUAGUGGAGGCUGCAGCAGUCAGGGACAUUUCCGAAGCGAGUGUCUUCGAUGCCUAUGUGCUUCCCAAGCUGUAUGUGAAGCUACAUUACUGUGUGAGUUGUGCAAUUCACAGCAAAGUAGUCAGGAAUCGAUCUCGUGAAGCCCGCAAGGACCGAACACCCCCACCCCGAUUUAGACCUGCGGGUGCUGCCCCACAUCCCCCACCAAAGCCCAUGUUAGGAGCUGAGUUCUUAAAGACCGAAGACAGACUAUUCUCUGGAGAAAAAUAAAAUGGAAAUUGUACUUAAAAAAAAAAAAUUUAAAAAUUAACUGGGCUUGGUGGCUGAGGUGGAAGACUCACUUGAGCCCAGGAGUUUGAGGCUGCAGUGAGCUAUGAUUGCACCACUGUACUCCUGCCUUUAAAAAAAAAAAAAAAAAUCCCAAUAGUCCAUCAAGGCUUUGAUCUCUUGGGGAGUUCUUCAUAGAUGCUGUCACAUUUCUUAAAGCAACCUUUAAAUAUGCAGAUAAUACCCCCCACCUUUUUUAGAGAUAGCCUGUCUCUUAAAAAAAAAAAUUAAUUUGGUAGUGAGAGCUUGUGUCACUGCCAUUCUGUGGUAUCCCUGAAAUUAAGGGAUAACAUAAGCAGGACUUGGGUCUUUCUGACAUCAUCCUGAAGAGACAGGACUUUGCGUUUUUCCUCUGGGACCUACAGUGAUGAGAGUUUAAUGAUUAUCUCCUCCACUAUAAUCCUCUUUAGGGUGAUUUUUUAAAUCAAAACCCAGUGAAUCUCAUUACUCCUAAGAAACGAAAGAUUCCUUCAAAGCCUUUUCAGGCACAUGGUUUCAACAAAGCCUGGCUUUGACGUUCCUUGUCCUGAGGAACACUUUCCAGGCACAGUUACAGCUUCCCCACUGUAUUUACAAGCCAGAAUUGUGCACCUCUUCUGGAUCAUUAAUAAGGUAGCAAGAUCUUCAAAAAACCCCAAAACACCGUUCUCUAAUAGUCAUGACAAAUGGCUUCAGUAUGGCUUGUUUUUUAUUUUCCAGAUGGCUUUUUCUCUUAUUUUUUCAAGCCCCAGUCUUUGAUUUUACAAGUAACUUUCAAAACAUGAUGCUGCUGCUGAAUAUACUUUUGUAAACUUAAACAUUAUGAUUCCUGUAUUAUUUCAGUGAGAGCUAUAGUGUGAUAUUUCAGUCUAUUAAAUAAAAAUGUGAGUUUGAAUUAUACCAUCUGUGCCAAUUACAAAGCAAUUAAAAGAUUUAUUUUUUA